GCGGUACAACUUAAAAAUUAUUUAUGGUGGCGUGCUUCAAAUUACACCCAAUAUAAAGUAUAUGGGUGGUUUAAUUAAGGAAUAUAGGGAAUACGAUGGUGAUUUUAUUAGUUUUUUUGAAUUGAAUGGUUUAGCUAGUGAUCUUGAUCAAGCUACAAGGCGCGACAUUUAUUACUUACAGCCUAACUCAAAUCAUAUUCUAAAGAAGAUUAGCAAUGAUCAGGAUGUAGUUCAAAUGCUACAAGAACAUGGGCAAUUAAGAACUAUUGUCUUACAUGUUGAUAGCUAUUAUGAGCCGAUGAUAGUGAAUGACAAGUCUAAAAACAAUAAGGUGGAGUCAACUCCUCAAACGGACAUAUGGAAUGUAUCUAGCAAAGAUGUGGCUAAUAAAGGAGAUGUAAAUGAAGAAAAAUGUGAGGUGAGGCUUGAUUGGGGAGAUGUCCAUGGUACAGAUACUGAAGUAGAUAAAGGCAAUGAUGUUGAGGGAAGUGAGAGUAAGAGUGAUGAUGAUGAUAACAUAAAAGAUGAUGAAGAAGACAGUGAUCCCAUUUGGUUCAACGAUGGUCUUGAAGGCUCGGAUGAUGAUAACAUAUUUAAAUUUGAUUUGCAUCAAAUAGGACCUACAAGGUCCUCUAGAAGUGUUAUUACAUAUAAAGGUGGGAAUUCUCCAGAAAUUACAAUUGUAAUUCCAAAUUCUGAAACCAUGGAAGAAGACCUACAUGAACCCCCAUUAGAAUGGGACGAGUUGAGGAGUCUAAGUGGUUCUGAUGAUGAAAGUGGUGUGAAGAGAAUUGUGUAUCCAGAAUUUAAUGAAAAUAUUCACACGGAUCACCCUAAAUUAGAAGUUGGAAUGAAGUUUGCUAGUGUUCAUAUUUUUAGAGAGGCUUUAAGGGAAUAUGCAAUAAGUAAUUCUAUACGACUUCACUUUAAGAGAAACGAGGGGAAAAAAAUAUCUGUUCAUUGUAAGGAGAAGUGUGGAUGGAGAAUAUAUGCCUCGCAAAAUAGGAAUGAAAAAACUUUUCAAAUCAAGUCAAUUAAUGGUGAAUGCACAUGUGCAAGAACAUUUGAAAAUAGUAGUGUCACCUCUAAAUGGAUAGCAAAUAAGUUUAUUGAUGAGUUUAGGGAUAAUGAGAACAAGUGGAAGGUGGAGUCUUGUCAAAAUACAAUUCGAAGAAAAACUGCUGUAGAAACAAGUAGACAAAAGAUAUAUAGGCCAAGAAGAAAGGCUAAAGAGAUGAUUGAAGGUAAUGAUAAGCUGCAAUAUGGACUAUUAUGGGACUAUGCAGAGAUGAUCAAGAGCACAAAUCCUGGUAGUAUUGUCAAGAUUCAAUGUGACUCUUCUGAUGAGAGGUCAGAACCAGUAUUUCAAAAGAUGUACAUAAGAUUUCAUGCUAAAAAAUGGGGGUUUUUAAAUGGUUGUAGACCUAUAGUUGGUUUAGAUGGAUGCCAUUUGAAAGGAACAUAUGGCGGCCAAAUUCUGUCGGCAGUUGCGAGUGAUGGCAAUAACAAUAUGUUUCCAAUUGCUAUUGCAAUAGUGCAGGUGGAAAAUAAGGAUUCUUGGCAAUGGUUUCUUGAGUGCUUUAUUGAUGAUUUUGGUAGUCCAGAGGAUCUAGGACUAGUGUUUAUCUCUGAUAGGCAAAAGGGCUUAGUUCAAGUGUUUGAAGAAAAAUUGCCUAAUGUGGAGCAUAGAUAUUGCAUGAGGCAUUUAUAUAACAACUUCAAAGAGUUGCAUAAAGGUAAAGAAUUAAAAGAUGCAAUGUGGCAGUGUGCAAAUGCCACAACAACUAGAGAGUUUGAAAGAAAAAUCUCACCAAAUGGAAGAACUAAAGAAGCUAGAUAAGGAUGCAUACGACUGGUUAAGAAAAAUCUCACCAAAUCAGUGGUCCAAGGCAUAUUUUUCUAGUAGGGCAAAAUCAGACAUUCUUGUGAAUAACCUCUCAGAGUCCUUUAAUAGUUGUAUUUUGGAAGCAAGAGAUAAACCUAUCGUAUCAAUGCUAGAAUGGAUUCGGGUGAGAUUGAUGAAAAAGUUCUAUAUAAAAAGGGAAGGAAUGGAGAAAUAUAGAGGGCCAAUAUGCCCAAACAUUCAAAAGAAGUUGGAGAAAUUGAAAGUAGAUGCACGACAUUGCUUCCCAAUUCCAUGUGGAAGGCUAAAGUAUGAGGUUGAUUGCUUGGAUGGUAAGCAUGCGGUGGAUUUGGUAGAAAGGCAAUGUAGUUGUAGGUUGUGGGAUCUAACAGGAAUCACGUGCAAACAUGCCAUUGCAGCAAUUUUCACCAACAAGGAAAAGCCUGAGGACUAUUUACAUCAGUGUUAUACCAAGGCAACCUAUCUUAAGGCGUAUGAAGAGAUUAUCAAUCCAAUUCCUGGACAAAAUGAAUGGAUAAAGACUUCAAUGCCAGCUCCAGUGCCUUGGCGUAUAAGAAGGCCACCGGGGAGACCUAAGAAGCUUAGGAGAAGAGCUGCAGAUGAACCUUUAAACCCUUACAAAGUAUCAAGAAUGGACAAACCAAUAAAGUGUGGAAACUGCGGCAAAGAAGGCCACAAUUUGAGGACAUGUACAGCAUCAGUCACAGGGGAGACAUCAUGGCAGAGGAGGGUGAGAACCCAAAAGGAAAAACAGAGAGCAACAAACAAAUUCUCUCAGAUUGUGGAACAAUUUAGUGUCUCACAGCCUAUCACCACAAAUGGUGAUAAUUUUGACAUAGAAACUCAUUCAAUCGGUGCCUCACAGCCCGUGUUCCCUACUGAGAGAGUAGCUAAUGUAACAGCAAAGGGUUUUGCGACAGUCAGAGGAAGAGGAAGAGGAAGAGCAAGAGGUGGACGAGUGCCGCUGCUAAUGCUGCAGCCAAAAAAGCAAAUGAAGGGCCUUCUAAAGCUACAAACAUUCCAUAAAUACUAGCUGAUGACUUUCUAAAGCUGUUGGAGGACAAGGCCUUCUAAAGCUAGCACCACUACUUCUAUUUUAUCAUGCUUUUUUGGCUAUUUAAAAACUUGCAAUGCUGCUAUAUUUUGUUGAGCAGUCAAUAUUGCUACAUAGUAUACUUCGGGACUUGUCAUAUACUUAUGUCUAUUUUGGCUAUUUCUUUAGUUUCUUGUAAAUGAUAGAUACUAUAGUUUCAGUCAUUUUCUUAGUUUCUUAAGCUGUAAAUUUGCUUCUUUCCGGAAAAGCAAAUCUAGAUGUUACAUUUUGGUCAUUUCUUUGAGUUUAAA